AUGGACAUGAAUUGCGAUACACCUCGAGUGGUUAUAGUUGGUGCCGGGAUCGCUGGAAUUACCAUGGCCAUGAACUUGAGAAGCAAGUUGCGCCAUGAUAACUUUAUAGUAAGCCAACCUAAACAUGGAUCUAUCGGUGGAACAUGGCGAGGUUGUGGGUCCGAUGUUCCCGGGCACUGGUAUUCCCUUUCGACGGAACCAAAUCCAUACUGGAAAAACUACUACAUUACGCAGCCCGAAAUACGCGCAUACUGGGAGGAAAUAUAUCGAAAACACGACCUAGCUUCCCGCAGAGUAUUCAACACCUGCGUUAAGCUCGUUGAAUGGGACGAAGCAAACGGCAAGAUGGUUACACAAAUCCAAGCGGAAGCUGUCAUACAAGCUGUCGGCUAUUUCACAAAGCCGGUAUAUCCGAAUAUUCCGGGAAAUGAUAAAUUUAGAUCUGGACCAGUCUGGCAUUCUUCUCAAUGGAGGCAUGACGUAGAUUUGAAAGGCAUGACUGUCGGCGUCAUCGGCAAUGGCUGCUCUGCAACUCAGUUCGUACCGGCCAUUGCGGCCGAGCCUACAACUCGGGUCAUAAACUUUUGUCGUACCCCACAAUGGAUUGCACCGAAAUCGAAUUAUCAACACCCAAACUGGGUCAAGUGGGCAUUUGCUCAUGUUCCCUUUCUCAUGUACGCAUAUAGAAGUUUCAUGAUGAUAACGCUCCUGACGUGGUACAUCCGAAGUACCGCACCGGCAAAAUACCGCGAUAGCUUGAUUCCCACAUACCCUCCUGGAUGUAAACGCAUCGUCCUUGAUUCAAACUACCUGGCCGCUUUGCACCAGCCCAACAUCGAUCUGAAUUGGACCGGAAUCCAAGAAAUUGUCGAGGAUGGCAUCGUUCUCAAGACUGGUGAAAGCACCGGCUUUUACCUGGCUGAACGAGAUGUAGUCUUCCGCGGAAUCGGUGGCCGCACUCUUAACCACUACUUUGAAUCAGAAGGUGGCUAUUAUGGAACAGUUUUCCCUGGGUUUCCAAACCUGUUCACAAUCGUGGGGCCCAACAGUGCCUCGGCUCAUGCUUCCCUUAUUUUCGUUAUUGAGACUCAGGUCAGCUAUAUUCUCAAGCUGAUGACGCCCAUCAUCAAUGGCAAGGCGAAAUCACUUCAAGUCACCCAAAAGGCUACAACCUUUUACAACACCUGGAUUCAAAAGCGUAUGGCGAGCACCAUAUUCCUUUCCUGUUUUUCAUACUAUCGAGGUGACAAUCGGACUGGCGCCAAAAAUUUAGCCACGUUCCCUGGUAUGGUCUCACUCUACUGGGAGUCGCUUGUUUUGGCAAGCUCGGUUUUGACCGAGGUCUGUACCCUCAACGUUUGUCCACCGCCCGCCGCAGAGGCAGUAGAAGGCCUUGGAGGCCUUGUCCUUGCCCUGUAUACGGUCUACUUUUCUUCUUCAUAA